CUGAACGCAUCGUCGCACGCGACGCUAGAUGGCGAAGCGCGUGGAGUCUUCGGAAGACGGCGAUAUGAACUCUAGUCCCGAACCCGCCCGUGUUAAAGGCGGCAAGACGCGUCCUAGUGGCAAAGGAAAGGCGCGCGACGAAGAGACCUCUCCGCGUGGAGCCAAACGAGCACGCGUCAAUGACGCAGGGGACUCUGCUCAUAGAGAAGAUGAGGAUGAGGAUGAUGGAGAAGUGGAACCGAGUGAGGGUGCGGAUGAGGAGCAAGCAGUAGACGACGACGACGACGAAGCUCCCCCAUCUCGUGUGCGCGUCAAAACACUCCCUCGCGACGUCGAUGGGUAUAUCCCGGGCUCCAUCGUCCGCAUCAACCUGCGCAACUUCGUCACCUACGACGCGGUGGAGUUCUGCCCUGGGCCCUAUCUUAACAUGAUUCUGGGACCAAACGGAACGGGAAAAUCGUCUAUCGCCUGCGCGAUCUGUCUCGGCCUGAACUGGUCGCCUGCGAUCCUGGGCCGCGCCAACGACCUGAACGAAUUCGUCAAGAUCAACACCCAAGAAGGGCACAUCGAGAUCGAGCUCAAGGGGCCUGCGGGGGAGCCGAACCUCGUGAUCCGCCGCAAUAUCACCUCUCGUGCGAAGAGCUCGACGUUCACCCUGAACGGCAAGGCGGCGACGGGCGGCGAGGUCAGCGCGAAGGUAGCCAAGCUUAAUGUGCAGGUCGGCAACCUGUGUUCGUUCCUGCCGCAGGACAAAGUCAGCUCGUUUGCGGCCAUGUCACCUGUCGAGCUGCUGAGGGAGACGGAGAACGCGGCCGGCGACGAGAGACUCAAGAGUUGGCAUGAUACUCUCAACGACGCAGGGAAGGAACUAAAGCUUGUCUCCACCACUAUUACUGAAGAAACGACGACCAUGGAGACCAUGAAGACUCGUAACGAGGGCAUACAACGUGACGUCCAGCGGUACCGUGAACGAAAGAAGAUUGAACACGAGGUGGAUACGAUCUAGCAGGUUCCUGUGGCGCAGGCUCACCAUUCCAGAUCACCCUGCUGCGCGUGCUCAUCCCCAUUCAAGAGUACCGCGAGGCACGCGAGCUGUACGGGACGCUGAAAGACAAGCAGCGGGCCCAGCACGCCAAAGUCUCCAAGUUGAAGGAAAAGAACGCUCCAGCGCAUGCGUAUCUCAGGAAACUGGAGAAACAAGUGGAAGAGCUGUAUCAAGACCGUGAUUCUUCCAAGAAGGUUCUCAAACAGAUACUCGACAAGAGCGAGAAAAGCACCAGGAAGGCUCUGCAACUUGAAUCUGAGCACGACGAUAUCC